GAGGAAUAUAAAUUACAGGCAUUUGCAGACAAUUUGGUGUUUAUCUUAGAAGAUCCACAAGAAACAAGACCAAAGCUAUUAGAAAGAAUAGAAGAAAAUGGUGAGAUGGCAGGAUUGAAAAUUAAUAAAGAGAUAUUAAAGUCCCUGAAGUUUUCUUGGCAAGAUUUCCAAAGUGGUUUACCGCUGCCUGUUUUCUAGGGUUAUAAAAGAAUAACUGAUUCAAGGUCACCCAACUGGCUUUGUGCCUAAGAAAAAGUAGAACUCCCAGUCUUCCAGUUUCUAGAUUUGGUGCCUUAGCCACAACAUCAAACUGACUCUAAUUUAGGGGCCAUUUCAUUUUCGGAGACUUUAAUGCUUUUUCUUUUUUGGAAUGCUAUAAUGAAGCACUUUUUCUCAUUUUCCUCUAGAGUCAUCGUUCUAUGACUGAGAAUGGAGUGUGAAGCCUGGAAGUCCAAGUCAAAGUCAAAGAGUUAAGGACCACCAUCUGAAUUAAGAAAUAGAAUUAUGAGCACCAACUUGAAUUCUAGGCUCUUUUUUGGUCUCUUGUAAUCUCUGCUUCUCCCAGAAUCUUAAACAGACCCAUCAAAGUCUUACCUUCACGUGAUUUCCAGGCAUGUCAGCUGCCAAUGUUACUAUAUGCCAGAAUUAUAGUCACAUUCACCAGCUGCAGUUGAUUGGAUACAUCUUGAUCUUCACAGCAGGCUUAUGUCUCAAUGUUGCGUCCCUCUUGAUCUUCUUGUACUAUCUGAAGGUCAAGUCAGUGGCCAUCUACAUGUGUAACUUGGUUAUGAGUGACCUCCUUUUCACCAUAUCUUUGCCCUUCCGUAUAUAUUACUAUUACAUGGGGGAAUGGCCCUUUGGAAGUUUCCUUUGUCAAGUCUCAGGUUCUCUCUUCCAAAUAAAUAUGUAUGGUAGUUGCCUUUUCCUGAUGUGCAUCAACUUGGACCGCUUUGUUGCUAUUGUCCAUCCACUACGCUGGCGCCACCUCCGGCGUCCCAAAGUGGCCAGGCUGCUCUGCUGUGUGGUUUGGGUACUAAUCCUGAUAGGCUCUGUUCCAGUUGCUCUGAUCCACAAGACAACUCCAUGUAUUAAGGGAAAUGAAACAAAUUCUAACCUUAAACAAAAUGAAAUCAUUGUGUGCUUUGAAAACUUCAGUAAUAACUUGUGGCAGGGAAAAAUCUUCGGCCUGGUCAUUUUAGCAGAGAUUCUUGGCUUUCUCCUCCCUCUGACCUCUGUGACAGUCUGCUCAAUCCGAAUUUUUCAGGAACUAUGCCGAGCUCGUGGGACGCGGAGCCUGCGCCAAGAAAAGACUAUUCGCAUGCUUGUGGUCAAUCUGGUCAUUUUUAUCAUCUGCUUCGUACCCUACAACACCAUCCUGGCAGCCUAUGGGAUGAUAAAAGCCAAUGUGAUUAAGACUAAUCUAAACACGCGGGGUUCAGUGCGCAAUGCCCUUAUCGUCACUAUGCUACUUACAAGUAUGAACUGUACCCUGGACCCCUUGAUCUAUUAUUUCAAUACAGAAGGCUUCAAAAAUACUUUGAAGAGAAUAAGAAGAGGCCAAACUUGGGAUUUUGAGAUGGGAACACUUCAGACUCGAGCAACAAAAUCUGGCUUCUACAAGGCAGCAAAUGUUAAACAGGAUAGUAAACAAUAUCCAGUUCAGAAUUCAAUUGCUCCCUGUGAGGACUUGCCAUUUGCUUCGCCUAAGAUAUUCUUGAGUAGCUCCAUUGAAGACUCUGAAAUAUAGAGAUGGGGGAACUAUCAAACCAUCAAGCUUUUGGAAUGAAUUGGCAUUACAGAAAGUGACUGCCAGAAACAUCUGAACAAAAUAUGAAGACUUGAUGCACUUAAAUACUGUAAAGCCCUAUACUGUACAGUAAGAGCAUUUCAUAUUUCAAGAACAAUUUCUGUUAUUGAUUUUAAAAUUUAUUAUCCAUUUCCUAUCCAUAGAGCUGUAUGAUAUUCAUAUGAAUGCUAUGAGAUACUUAUGGUAAAGUCACUCAUUUCCAGGUUCAGUUCAGGCUCCCAAUGGUGUAGUAUCACUUGAUUUAGCAACUGGCAUCAGAAUGAACCAAGAAUGGUGGUGAUAUAUGGAUCAAACCGUUGCAGAAAUACAAAUUGUCAUUGCUAUAUUUUUCACCAAAACCUUACACCAAAAAUAUUUAUUAUCUGUUUCUGUAUCUAUAAUAACUACAUUUUAAUGACAGAAUGACUUUUUUUUUUGAGCUUUGGAAAAAUAGUUUACAAAUACCUAAAAUAAAAAACCAACCAAAUAAAAAAGAAAUCCUGCAUCAUUCAGCAUAGGUUUGAGGCCCAGUGCUAGGCAGAAGGCAUUCAGCAAAGUUUCAGUGGUGUCUUAAAAAAUUUGAAUUGGGGAGGGACAAGGGUUCUUUUGCCCAGCCAACCUUCAAUUGCUAUGGACGAGAGUGGAGCUUAUAGGAAUCAUUAUUAAACCCCUCCCCCAAACACACACACAGUACAGGUAGUCCUCAACUUACAAAAGUUCAUUUAGUGACAGUUCAAAGUUACAACGAUACUGAAAAAGCAACUUAUUCAUAUUUAUGACCAUUGCAGUAUCCCCAAGGUCAUGUGAUCAAAAUUCAGACACUUAGCAACUGAUUUAUAUUUAUAAUGAUUAGAGUGUUCUGGGAUCAUGUGAUCACCUUUUGUGACCUUCUGACAAAGUCAUUGGAAAAUCAGAUUCACUUAACAACCGUGUUACUAAAUUAAUUGCAGUAAUUCACUUAACAGCUGUGGCAAGAAAGGUCAUAAAAUGGAGCAAAAUUCACUUAACAACUGUCUCACUUAACAACAUCUGGGGCUCAACUGUGGUCAUAAGUCAAGGACUACCUGUACACACAUUGAAUGCAAACACUGUAUUUCUCUAUGUUAUCUCUUGCCGUCAUAAAAGGUUCCAUGCAAGUUGUUUAAGCCUGUUUAAAUCUUCUGUGAAAGGGCAAUAUAACAUCUGGAACAUAAUAUUCAAUAAAAAGGUAUUUGUUCCCAUUUUCCACAAUGUAGCAUAGGUCCAGGAACUUUUGGCUCUGAAGGAUGAAAUUAUCAUGUUCUCAAUAGUCAUGCUUUGGAGAGAGAAAACUGCCAUUUCUAAUUUAGUAGCUAAUUUGACCCAUACAUCUUCCCAAGUAAAUAUUCACUGGAAUUAUUAUCUGAAAAGGUAUGAAGUAUGGUUUAUUUAUUAUAAACAUGCCACAGUAUCAAAGAUCCAGAAUGUAAAUGAACUGGCUUUAAUCUCCCCAAAGCAAUGUUUACAAAUAUGCUACACCAAAACUCUCCUUACUAUGCAGGAAGAAAUAGAAUUUUGAUCAAAAAUAAAAAUUUUAAUAUCAAG